AUGAGCUUACCUAUCGAACCAGGAGUCCCUCUAUGGAUUGACAACAAGCCUGUGCAUACAGACAUUCAGUUUCCAGUCACGAAUCAUGCUACUGGUAAAUCUAUCCUAGCGUCUGGCAUUUCACUGCAACUUGUCGAUAGUGUGGUCGAAAGUUCUCAUCGAGCUUUCGCAGGCUGGCGGAGCACUACGAUAUGGCAGCGGCAAGACCUUUUUCUCAAGGCAGCCAAUCUUCUCGAGGAGCGGAGGGAAGUGGCUGAAAACAUAUUACGGGUCGAAAUGCCCAUCGACGAUUUUGUCAUACAGCAGAUCAACAUUCAAAGUUCCAUCGAACUCCUACGGGAAUUAGCCUUCCACGUGAAGGAUACCGAGAGCGGAACUCUUCUUCCCAGUAGGCAAGGAACGGAUUCCUUCGCCAUGAUCAUCAAAGAGCCCGUGGGAGUCCAGCUCGGCAUCGCGCCGUGGAAUGUGUCCCUCUACCUUGGCAUCAGAGCUGUGGCAACUCCGAUCGCGUGUGGAAAUACGGCCAUACUGAAGGCUUCCGAGAUGACUCCGCUGGUGCAUAACUUCAUCGGGAUCCUAUUCAGAGAUGCAGGCUUUCCUCCAGGUGUCCUUAAUAUUGUGCAGCAUCGGAGAGAAGAUGCAUCAGAAGUGCUCAACGCUCUCAUCAGCGACACUCGCGUCAGAAAGGUUAAUUUCACUGGCAGCGCCCCUGUGGGCAAGAUCAUUGCUGCUAAAGCGGCUGAGCAUUGCAAACCUGUGCUAUUGGAAUUGGGGGGGAAGUCGCCACAGAUUGUGCUUGAAGACGCGGAUUUGGACAAGGCGGCUGAGGCUGCGGCCAUGGGAGCGUUCGCUCAUCAUGGGCAGAUCUGCAUGUCCACUGAAAGGAUAAUUGUCCAUGCCUCGGUCCUUGGACAAUUCUCGGAGAAGCUGGCCGAUAUUGGAAAAAAGAUGAAAGUUCAACCUGGAGCUUCCGAGCAGCACGUCGCCAAGGUAACAAGGCUUGUUUCAGACUCACUCGACGCAGGUGCUAAGCUCCUCUUUGGAGAGAGGAUCGAAACUCAAAAGUCGCAUAUGACUCCCCUCGUGCUCACCAAGGUUACCCGAGAUAUGCCAAUCUGGCGCCAAGAGACCUUUGCGCCUGUGGUGAUUUUGGUGCCGUUUACGACAUUGGAUGAAGCUGUGGAGUUGGCGAACGAUUCAGACUACGGACUCUCGUCAAGCAUCUUCACCGCUAGCAUAGGUAGAGGGAUCGAGCUAGCUCGGCGUCUUGAUACAGGGGCAGUUCAUAUAAACUCGAUGACUGUUCACGAUGAGGCACAUUUACCACAUGGAGGAUCUAAGGAUAGCGGUUGGGGACGGUUCGGAGUCCCGUGGGGCUUCGCAGAGUUUACACAGUUGAAGACUAUUACAGUCAAAGAUGAACAUUUAGCAGGAGUUGGUAGCGGUUAG